AUGUCGGAAAUUCAGGCCAUCCAACGGCAACUCAAGAUUAAGGCAGGAGCUGCCAAGCGCCUAAUAAAAGAACACAUCCUCUAUCGUAAAGAGGCCGAGGAUCAGCAACGAAAAGUGGGCAAGCUCAUCGCUGAAGGCAUUUCGGAGGAUGAAUGGGAUCUCAAGAACGCUAAAAAAGUCCUCGACGAAUGCAACAGGAUGAUCGAUGACUCUGCAACGAGGUUGGCGAAAGCCGCAGGCGACGUUGAAGAUCUCGUAAUCGCUGCCAAGGAACAUCCUGAGCUUUCUCAGGUGCCGGAACUGCUCAAUGCCGAAAAUGUACUCAAAGAAGGAAAGGAGUUGAAGACGGAUAAUCUUUGA